ACGCAACCUAUGGAUUGGAUCCCGCUAAUUACCUCACCUUACCGGGAUUUGCCUGGGAUUCGCUGCUGAAAAUGACGAAGGUGUCCCUUCAUCUCAUUUCCGACAUUGACAUGUUCAACUUCAUUGAGCAUGGCAAAAGAGGUGGCAUAAGCAUGGUGUCCGCUAGACACGCCACCGCCAACAACAGAUAUCUAUCGGAAUACAAUCCAGACGAGCCGUCAAGCUUCAUCCAAUAUUUAGAUGCGAACAAUCUAUAUGGAUGGGCCAUGUCUCAACCCUUGCCCGUGUCGGACUUCUGCUUUGAAGCAGUGACGGAUGAUCUUCUGGAGACGGUACUCGAUCAUCCAAUGGACUCUUCGACGGGAUACAUGGUGGAGUGCGAUUUAAGGAUUCCAGAUGGUGUGCAUGACAUGAUGAAUGAUUAUCCGUUGGCUCCUGAGAAGAUGAAGGUGACACGAGAUAUGCUUUCUCCAUAUCAGACCCACAUGGCAGAGAAACUAAUGGUGAGCGGUUUGGAAGCGAAGAAACUGGUGCCAAAUCUACUACCGAAAGAGCACUAUGUUCUGCACUACAGAAACUUGCAGCAGUAUGUGUCCUUGGGUGUGGAGAUUACAGAUGUGCAUCGUGUGCUCUCCUUCACACAACACCCAUGGAUGAAGCCAUACAUCGACACUAAUACUGACCUGAGAAAGCUAUCAACUUCUGAUUUCGAGAAAGACUUCUAUAAGUUGAUGAACAAUGCUGUAUAUGGCAAGACCAUGGAAAACGUUCGAAACAGAGUAAACAUCAAGCUCAUUCGUGAACAGGAUGAAAAACCACGUCUCCAGAAAAGCAUCAACAAACCUUCGUACAUCCGCAGUGUAGCCUUUGAGAACGAUCUGAUAGCAAUCGAGUUUGCCAGGACAAAGGUGACUCUCAAUAAACCCAUUUAUGUGGGUACAGCCAUCCUCGAUCUGUCGAAGCACUUGAUGUAUUCCUUUUACUAUGAAGUUCUCCUACCCCGCUAUGGACAAAAUGUACGUUUGCUCUACACUGAUACUGAUAGUCUGAUCGUACAUAUUCAAACGGAUGAUCUGUACACCGAUAUGUCAAACAACAUAACAGCCUAUGACACAUCCAACUAUUCACCAUCCCACCACCUGUACAGCACGGUCAACAAGAAGGUGGUAGGGAAGUUCAAGGACGAACUAGGUGGCAAACCCAUCAAGGAGUUCAUUGGUUUGCGGAGCAAGAUGUACGCAUACCGCUGUGAAGACAACGACGACAAUGGCAAGCGUGCCAAAGGUGUGCAGAGAAGCGUGUUGAAAAACACCAUAACCGUCGAUGAUUAUCGAACAUGUCUCGUCGAGGAGUCUCAGCUGAAGAGAACAAUGAAUGUUCUUCGAAGUCGACGACAUUGCAUUCACGGAGAGGAGCUACACAAGAUUGCCCUCUGUGGAUUCGACAGUAAGCGUUACAUUCUGGAGGAUGGUAUCAACACCCUGGCAUUCGGACACAAGGAUAUUCCAAAGCACUGA